AUGAGACGUGUCCCAGAAAGCAGUCUUGAAGAGGAAAAAGAAGAAGAUAAAGAAGAAGAAGAAGAAGAAGAAGAAGAAGAAGAAGAUUCGACGGGUUCCGGCCACACAUUCAAAUUCGACGAGACCGAAAUUCUCGCAAGAGUUGGCAACCGCGUGAGCCGGGAGCUGCUUCAGUCAUGGUUUACCGGCCCCCAGUCCAUCAACAAGUGCAACGAUCUUCCCAUUCCAUACUCCGUGCUGAAUCUUCGCCUAGGCGGAGUAAUUGGCCACGCGGGGAGCGCACAGGUGAACACUUUUCCCAACACUCGGCUCAGCGCGUCAGAUGGUCGAGCAAUCAUCACACCAACAUCCAACGCACGUGAUGAGAUUGCUUCAAUUAACAACGCGAAUGUCGGACAUUACGCCACGUGCAACGAUCCCGGAUGA